UUUCUAACGAGGCGAGAUGUCAGAACUGAUGGACAAGUCCGCUGAAAACCCAGAGGAGGACACAGUGUCAGUCAACGGCAACAGCAAGACACUGAACAACAACUCUCUGAAGGGCAAGCUGAAGUCGCUUAGAAACAGCUUCCAAAGGCAAUCUGCUGAAGAGAGGAGCCCGAUCGAGGGGUCAAAGGGCAUACUUAAAGCAGACACAGCCAGCAGUGAUUUGGGGCCCUGCGAUCCAUCAUCGCCACUGUCAGACAGUCUGAGCGUCGGCUCUCCAGUCACUUCUCCCCUGAAGACCAUCGGGAGAUUAUUCCAGAGAAAAGAGGAAGAUGAGUCCGAUGUCACUCCACAGAAAAGCAAACGUCUGACACGUUCAAACACUGAUCCCGGUAUGCCCACUCAAAGGGCAUUCAUUCGUCGAAGCCUAAGAUUUUUCGGUAAAGAGAAAGAUGAAUUCUGUGGCAACAAACAGUCACUGGAGGAGGAGGAGGAGAAUAUGGAGGAGGUGGUGCGAGAUGAGCUCCAGGAGACAUAUACACCGCUGUCAGUGAUGCAGAUCAACCAGCUGAUUGAGAAGGAGUAUCUGGAGGAUGCUCACCAGAAUCUGCUCCUCCUGUGGCGGGAGUUCCAGCAGGAGAGGGAUCAUUCCAACGGGUCCUCGUCCAUGGACCUGGUCAAAAAGGAAAAUGACAUCAUGCUCCUCUACAAAUAUUUGAGGGAAAAGAUCACCACCAUAGUGUGCAACUCCAACUCCCUUCCCUCCAGCAACCACGAGCUACUGGUCACUGUGGCCGACAUUAUCCAGAAGGAGGAGAAGGAACCUGGGGCGCUAUGCGGCGGCUGGAUGCAGGCCUGGAGGGAUGCGGUGGACCAGGGGGUACAGGUGAAGGUGGAGACUGUUGCCCUGGAGCAUAGGGAGCAGAACGCCUCCUGGCUGGCUAUCCAUCUGGCUUUGCUGGGUAAGACCAUCGUGGAGGACCUGGAGAACGUGAAGAGUGUGUUGCAGUUGUUCUACCCACCCAGCUUCAGAGUCUUCAGCGUUUAUGUGCAGAGUUACCACAGAGUCGUCGGGCAGCACCUGAAAAACCUGGAGCAGCAAGCGACGGAGCUAAAGGAUCUGUACCACUUACUGGACUGGAUCAUCAACACAUACAAGAGCAACAUCAUGGGAAGCCCGUCUCUGCAACCAGACAUGAAGAAUGAAAACACGGAUCUGCAACUGUCGGAGGACUUCCUGCAGGAGCUGAAGGAGAAAUACUGCUACAAAGUGGAGAAGGACAUAAGCUCAUCCCUGAACAGACUCACUGAACUUGAACAUGAGGAUGUUUGGAGUAAAAGCAGGUCUCCAGAGAAGGACGAGGGCUUCCUCGUCUCUCAGUUAGACAUGGACAUCUGGACGAAAAUGAAGGGGCUUGUGAUGCAAUCUGGAAAAAUUGAUGGUCAUCUGGAACAGAAAGUGGCUGUUUCCUGUCUCGUGCAAUUGAAGAAGUUCCCCAAGAGCUUUGAGAAAGAGUUCCAGUGUCACUGCAGCGCUCUCAGGCCACAGCCUCUGUGGAACGAGUACAACAUAACUUACAUCAACAGCUUCGCUGCAUUGCAAAAGCACAUGGGUGAGUACCGGGACGUCUGUCCAGAUGAGGUGGAGGGCCUCGGCAAGGAGGUGAUGUCACUGAUUGUCAGGCUCAGGCAAGACCUGGAGAACCAGUUCAAAGAAGAUGUCAAGCCGUACCUGAUGAAGAUGAUGACGAGGAAGUGGCUCAGCCAUGACGAAGACUUUGAUCAGCUUUACAGUCGGACAAGGCAGGUUUCUGAGAACUGCACCGUCAUGAGGCCUCCACAUAGCCAGGAGUUUGCAAAUCAGUUGCACUACUACGUGGUGAGGGAGUACAUUGGCCAGCUGAUGAAGAAUAACUACUCGUGCAAGAACCAGAAACACGAGAAAGCUGCAGCCAAGAUCCGCCAGCAGUGGGGUAAACUCAGGGAGCUGUUUGAGGACAUGAGGUCGACUCAGGACUGGCUGUACCCGGCGGGAGAUGAGCUCAGUGACAUCAUCGGACAGAGAAACAAGGCGGACAUAAGCGACCAUCUUGAACCUUUAGUGGUGCAUUACCCAGACUUCAGUAGGAAGCACCUGACUGCUGUGCUGAACUUCAGAGGCCUGAAGAGAGGCUCCGAGCACCAGCUGAUUCUCCAGAGACUCACCGAGCUGAGGGGGAACUUGGGCAACAGCGACGGCGACAGAAGCCAAGUAUUAUUUGCUGACAUGGAAGUCAAGGCCAACACGGACUGCCUGUCCAACCUGCCUUUCUUCUGCCUCAGCAUCCUGCGGCCAAACAACUAGGGAAACUGCUUUCUGGACAAAGUACACACACAACACUACUUCAUUUUUGGCAGGACUUGAAGCGCCACAGUGUGAAAUUCUUUUCACUCUUGUGUAACAUUUCUGUGAAUGAAACUUGUCGUCACACAGAAUGGAACAGGCCGCUUCAGUGGAGCUGAUCAUGCAUAUUAGCAGAUUGUAUAUAUGGACCACGUGUACAAACAAGCCUGACAGAGAACAAUAAACAGUAACUGUAGGAAAUCUCUUAGUGCUGUGUAUGUCUCACAGCCUCGUGUUUCUCCAGAGCUCCACUGUUGUCCAAACACCUAUUGUACAACACAUCGACAGCAGCUCUGUUGCUUCAUGACCACUGUAGUUUAUUUUGACUCAGUCCCACACACACAUUGUCACCCAACAAACGAGGGAACCUUUAAAAGCAAAAAUGAUGACUCUUUUAAUACGCAAAUGUAGAAAUGUCAUGUGUUUUCACUUACAAACUUGUUUCAAUAUGACACAUGGAGCGUGUUUG